AUGGCACAAGCCGGGCCCUCGAACCCUACAAAACACAGCAAGAAUCGUAAGCGAAAUGUCCCUAAGAUCAAAUCCGGGAAGAUGAAGAGGGAGCAGGAAGCCAAGUUGCUUGAGGAUCUUGACUAUUCGGCGGUUCAUUUUGAAGCUCCUGAAGACCUGAAGCACUUUGCUGACCUCCCAAUAUCCGACUGGACCAAACGGGGGCUAAAGCGCGCCUUCUUCGUCGAUAUGACCGACAUCCAGGCGAAGAGUCUUCCAAUAUCACUCAAGGGAAAAGAUGUCCUCGGAGCAGCUCGCACAGGCAGCGGCAAGACCUUGGCUUUCCUUGUUCCCGUGCUCGAAAUCCUAUAUCGACGGAAAUGGGGACCUCAGGAUGGUCUGGGUGCAUUGAUCAUCUCGCCGACGAGAGAACUGGCCGUGCAAAUCUUCGAUGUCCUCCGGAGUAUAGGUUGCUACCACAGUUUUUCUGCGGGCCUCGUCAUUGGAGGCAAGAACCUGAAGGACGAACGGGAGCGACUGUCGCGCAUGAACAUUCUUGUCGCAACCCCAGGCAGACUUCUCCAGCAUAUGGACCAGACGAUUGGAUUCGACGCCGGCAAUCUGCAAAUGCUUGUGCUUGACGAAGCCGAUCGCAUAUUGGACAUGGGCUUCCAACGAACCCUCACCGCUCUCCUCUCCCAUCUCCCCAAAACACGCCAGACCCUCUUGUUCUCCGCCACCCAGACCCAGUCCGUCGCCGACCUCGCUCGCCUAAGCCUAAAGGAUCCGGUGCCCAUCGGCCUCGAGGAGACUAUCGCCGAAGGCGCGACGCCCAAGACCCUCGAACAGCACUACGUCCUCUGUGAGCUCCCGCACAAGCUCGACGUCCUCUGGAGCUUCAUCAAGAGCCACCUGCAGGCGAAGACGCUCGUCUUCCUCUCCAGCUGCAAGCAGGUCCGCUUCACCUUCGAGACCUUCUGCCGGAUGCACCCCGGUGUGCCCCUUCUCCACCUGCACGGCAAACAAAAGCAGACGGCGCGCCUCGCGACCUUCCAGCGGUUCACGGUGAUGAAGCACGCGGUGCUGCUCUCGACGGACAUCGCCGCGCGCGGGCUCGACUUCCCCGCCGUGGACUGGGUGCUCCAGGUGGACGCGCCCGAGGACGCGGAGACGUAUAUCCACCGUGUCGGACGGACGGCGCGCUAUGAGAGCGCGGGAAAGGGGCUGCUGCUGCUGCUGCCGAGCGAGGAGGACGGGAUGGUCGCGGCGCUGAAGAAGAAGAACGUCGACGUCCAGAAGAUCAAGAUCAAGGCGAGCAAGACCCACGAGAUCGCAAACCAGCUGCAAAAGCUCGCGUUUCAGGACCCGGAGAUCAAGUAUCUUGGGCAAAGGGCGUUCGUGUCGUACCUCCGAUCGGUGUACUUGCAAAAGGACAAGUCGAUAUUCAAGCUCGAAGGGCUCCCAGUGAAGGAGUACUCGGAAGCGCUUGGGCUUCCGGGGAUACCGAAGAUCAAGUUCCUAAGCAAGGAGAUGGCCAAGCGGAAGAAGAACGCGUCUAGGGCUGCUGCGGAAGUCGCCGCUCCGAGCAACGCGCAGGAUGAGGAGGACGAGGACGAGGACGAAGAGAGCGGUGAUGACGAGUCGGGAUCAUCUGAUGAGGGAUCUGACGAGGAGGAGACUAGUGGUGCGAAGGACGCGUCCAAAAAGGUGCGAGCACUCCGUCCUCGCUUCUUAUCAUGCGCUCAGCGUCGUCGCUCUCAGCCUCGAGUACGUACCAAGUACGACCGGAUGUUCGAGCGCAAGAAUCAGAACAUCCUCUCCGAGCACUACGCGAAGCUCGUCGACCGCGACGACGACGACGAUGGAGGCGACGAUGGCUUCAUCACCCUCAAGCGUGCCGAUCACGGUCUGGAGGACGUCCCAGAGAUCGAUACUGGGUUCAUCUCUAAGCGCAAAGCGAAGCUGGCGUUGUCAAAGAAGGCGAUCGCAAAGCACGGCGAGAAGGGCAAGAAGCUCAUCUUCGAUGACGACGGACAGGCACACGAGGUGUACGAGAUGCAAGACCCGGAGAACGUGUUCAAAGGCGAGGACGUGCAUGAGGCGGGGCGGAAGUUCGCCGAGGCGGAGCGCGGAAAGCUGCUCACGGCCGACGUGACGGACAAGGCGGAGGCGAAGGAGAAGAAGCGGGAGAAGAAGCGCAAGCGCAAACAGCGGGAGCUUGAGGGCUAUUGUGAUGUGGAGGACGGCGAAGUCACCGGUCCGAUCGUCGCAGGGCCCUCCGACGACGACGGCGGCUACAUUUCACCCGAAUUCGACCUCCCAUCGGAGUCAGAAGGAGAGGCAGAAGCAGACGAACGACAACCACCAUCCAAGAAGGCUCGCACUCAUGUCGUAUCGCGCCUCGCAGAGGAGGAGGAGCUUGUGCUACAGAUGCUCCGCAGCAGGCGAUAG